AUGUUGCGGUUGUGUCACGAAACAAAAUGGUUUGUUUACAGUUAUCGGUUAUAUUCGUUUUCGCCGUUUUAAAUAAGGCUUACGCUGAACCAGGGUGUCGACCUCAUGGAUCUUCGAUUUCCACUUCAUUGGGGUCCGGCCCAUAUGCAACGUCUACUCCUAACCCUACGCUGUUAUCGUAUUUGAUGAGCGCUUCUGGUGGAAAGUCUAGUAAUCCAUUAGCAUGUUACAAUCCAGCUACAACGUCAUAUGGUUCGGCUGAACCUGAUCCAAAAUCGUUGUACUCAAGCUAUUUGCAAGCUUCUAAGGCUUUGGGUUCGGCUUCGCCUUCUUUUCCCGGCCAGUCGUUGUCUUAUCCAGCAAAAGCCCGGUUACUGAGUAAAAUUAAACUUUUCAAAACUUUACUCCCGACUGUGUUACCUUACCUCAACCAGAAUUUAAAGCCCUCGCCGUUCGCCGAACAGCAGACACUGGCACCACCACAACCACCGCCAACACCUGUACAAACUCCAAUACCGACAUUUGCCCCUGUGCCUUAUGCGCUGCCCGCCGUCAAUCCCGCUGUGUUUAAACAACUACUCCCGGCUCUGUGGUCUGAUCUUUCGCGAAUCAUUGCUUCGAAAAUUUACUCUACCGAAUCACCUCAACUGCCACCAAAGUCAAACUCGGUGCCGGUCGCGCCUGUUAUACCGACUAUAAAUCCUGCACUUUUAAAAGCCAUAUUUUCAACCUUAAAUUCAGCCGUUACGCCAGUUGCCGCUCAAACUGCAUCCGUGUCAUCUUCUCUACCGCCUUCUUCGUCCUCUUAUUCACCGUCAAAUCUCGAUCCGUCAAUACUAAGUACUUUGUCAAAUCAACUGUCUGCUGCGCUAUCAUCUGCAUCGACAUUUAGCCAGAGUUUGACAUCAAGUUCAGAUUCCAACUUUUUCAAUCAACUAAUCAGCUCAAUAACAGCACGAUCGAACCAACCAACUCCUACAAAAUUACCGUCACCAAGUCAAUGUGCUACUUCUAUACCAUCUUCAAUAUCUGCUCCAGCGCCUCCAACAACGUCAGCAUUGAAUACGGAUAUAUCUACUCUUUUCGCUCAAUCCUCUUCAGCUCAAGCGCCACAGCAGUCAAGCCCGUGUUCUCAAACGCCAACACAAGGUGUACCAGUCACUUAUGCUCCUCUCUCGACACCUUCACCGGCCAUCACUUAUAAACAGUCAGAAGCUGAUCAAAAUUUAAUUAAACUUAUAUCGAGUUUACAAUUGGCUUCGACCCAAACGCCUUCACAAAACUUACCCUCCCCGGUGCCCGCCCAAUCUACAAUUACCCCGCUCUCUAACACAAAAUCGUGUUCUCACACAAAUGAACUUCCUUCAUCACUUCCGUUGCCUCCAUCAUCGUGCGCCAAUUCAGAUCUAUCAAAUAUCUUAUCAACCUUGUUGUCUCAAACGUCUACACCGUCAAAAGACAAGUGCUCUUCUUCGACACCACAGGCGACAAUAUCUAAUCAACUUUCAGAUUUCACUUCAAAUCCUACUCCGAUCUCACAACCAUUACCGUUGACACCUUUUUGUUCCUCUCCGACUGAAAAAUCAGAUUUAUCAGAUAUAUUAUCCAACUAUACCUCUCAAAGGUCAGCACCUACGACGGACACUUAUUCUUCAUCUGUGUUCCAACCAGCACUCUCUCCGCUUUUCACUUCAAAUCAGUAUUCUGACUCUUCAUUACAAACUAUUCCGAUGUCUCAAUCAUCUUCAAGUACUAACCCAGAAUGGUCGACCGAUUCAACAAACAUACAGCCACCUUCUAACAAUGAUUGUCAAUCGUCACUCCCCCAAAAAUCAUUACCCUCCCUUUCUGAUUCAGUCUCAACGGUUUCAUCUCCACCGAACUCUAAUAUUCCAUCAAUGUUUAAAUCACAAUCGGAAUUACAGAAAUUCAUAUUAAAUUUACCAUCACUUCCGUUGCCAACGUCUGCACAGACCUCUCCGUCGGUUACUGAACCAACAGAAUGUUCUAAGACUGUUUCGCAACCUAUACCAGUUCCACUGCCUAUAUCGUCACCAUCUUCAAGUUCUGAGUCAACUUAUAAUUCAAAUUUGUUGAAAUUUAUAUCAAGUUUGCCAUCACCAAAAUUAACAUCUAUGCAAUAUCAAAGUUAUUCCCCGGUUUCGUCGCCAAAAGAAUCUUCAGAAAUUGUGUGCAGUGAUUCAAAAUCGGGGCAAUCGAUCAGUUCAAAUUCGUUUACACCAUCUCAGUUUAACACGGGUUUCACAAAAAUAAAUUCGGAUUAUACUCAAAAUUACCCAUCCAGUCAGAAUGAAUACAGUCCUCCGGCCAAUAACGCUGUACCAUGUCCAACACCAUCGUUUAAUGCAGACCCAUUUAAAUCAUCUACUCCUCCUAAUCAUAAACUAAUUAACCUAUCUAGAUCAUCGUCGAACUCGAUAUCGGGCUCAAAAUAUGAUUUGAAUAUUAACAACCUAUAAAUGUUUCAUUACAGAUAAUCUGGUAUCAAAUCCAGCCAAUCAUAAUAUAAUAAGAGGAACGCAUAUGUGAUAC